UGAUGUUUUUUAAUUUUAUUUCAGAGUAUUACAGCAGGAAAAUUUAAUCAGCUUUUAACAAGGACUGAGUAUUGUACAUAGAACAUCCUGAAAAUGGAAGCUGAAAAAUCGUCAUCGUUGUUGUUAAUCAAAGAGGAAAAGAAUUUGGAGGAGGGCCUUAUUGAAAACACAGGUGAAGGCUCUUCAUUUGCAGACCCCUUCUUAGAAGUCAAGGCAGAACCAGAAUUUUUUGACCAUGGUGAAUUUGAUGUGAACUGUUCAUCCCAAUCUGUUAAGUAUGAGGAGGGCAUCUCUCCAAGCUGUGAUGAUGAAAGCGUAAAGAUCUGUAUUGCGGAAGAAAGUAGACAUUUUGGCAGGAGAGAUGCCUUUUCAAUUAGAGAGAAAUCCCACAUGAGAACCCAUAGAGAGAAACCACAUACUUGUUCUAUAUGUCAAAGAAGUUUUUCUCACUCAACUAAUCUCAAAAAACACAUGAGAACUCAUACAGGUGAAAAACCAUAUAAUUGUUCUAUAUGUCAAAGAAGUUUUUCUCAAUCAUGUGAUCUCAAAACACACAUGAGAACUCAUACAGGAGAAAAACCAUAUAAUUGUUCUAUAUGUCAAAGAAGUUUUUCUCAAUCAUGUGAUCUCAAAACACACAUGAGAACUCAUACAGGAGAAAAACCAUAUAAUUGUUCUAUAUGUAAAAGAAGUUUUUCUCAAUCAAAUGUUCUCAAAACACACAUGAGAACUCAUACAGGAGAAAAACCAUAUAAUUGUUCUAUAUGUCGAAGAAGUUUUUCUCAAUCAACUAAUCUCAAAAACCACAUGAGAACUCAUACAGGAGAAAAACCAUAUAAUUGUUCUAUAUGUCAAAGAACUUUUUCUCAAUUUGGUAAUCUCAAAACUCACAUGAGAACGCAUACAUGAGAACCUUUCACUUUGUAUAUCAAACAGGUUUUUCUCAUCAAAGUAAUUUCAAAAGAAUUCACACAAGGCAGAAACUGUAUACUUGAUCUCUGUCCAAGUUGUCAUUAUUAUGUGCAUUUAUUUAACUCAACCUCUACAUCUGUAUGGCCUCAAAUCAUUUAACUCAGUUUUCAACUUGUGCGAUUCAUCCAGUGGACUUGAAAUUUUGCAUGGUUACUCAAUCCUGGUAACAAUACAGUGGAUCCCCAGUAUUUGCAGAUGUGUACUAGACCCCUGCCUAUGUUGUCAGUUCAAACGCAAGAAAAACCUUCUAAAAAUGCCUCUACCUUAUUAUUUUAAUAUGUUUAUCGCAAAAAGUGCAUUUAGUCUUGAAAUUGAUGUGGAAAUACAGUAUCUAGUGAAUAUUUUUCAGUGAAAAAUACGUGAAUAGGCGAAUUUCCAGCAAAUAAUGAGUAGAUAUAGUCCAAAGAAAAAUCCACGAAUUCAGGGGCUUGGUUGUACAACCUUAAAUAUGAGCAGGUCACCAGUGACUGCUAGUAACCCUACAGUGACCUCUAGUGACCCUACAGUGACCUCUACCAGUAUCUCAGGAUUUGUAUGAAAAAAUAAGUUUUCUGGGUCGACCUGUGUUCGCUGGUGAAAAGGUCCUUCUUGUCACUUUUCUGAUAUAAAUAAUUUCCAAUUAUA